AUGUGUAUUCAUUAAGAAAGUAUUAUUGUCUCAUCUACAUAGUACUAUACUACUUUAUUAUACUACUGUUAUUUAACAUUUCUCUCAUAUUAUUAAUAUUCUAAUAAAAUAUUUAUAAUUAUUUAUCACUAGGACGGUAACAGCGGUGUUGUGGAGGGUGCUACAUCACUAUCCCUACUGUUAGUCGAAUUGGUGUCACCAGAUGUCAUGUACAACGGUCUGCCGUGGCCGGACGAAGACUUUACUAAGCAAGUGAGCAUCGAGCGCGAGCUGUACAUGCGCGGCGCGCUGGAGAGCUGCGCCGUGGCCCGCGCCGCGCUGCGCCGCGCCGCCGCCGCGCCGCCCGCGCUGUGCCUCGCCUCCGCGCUGCUGCGGGCCACCGCCGCCACGCUGCUGCACCGCCUCAGGGCAUACCUCGAUCGUCACACACAGUCUGCUGAGAUGGCAAAGGAACGCGCUGCGCUUACCGAGCUACUAUCCACUAUGACACUGGGACAGUUACUGCCGCACCCACUCAACCACAUGCUCGAACUAGCGCCUGAACUAACAGCUAGCGAGAUAGUGCAAGUUUUACGUGAUUGUCUAUGGAACUAUACGAGAGAUCACGUGCCUUCGCCGGCGCUUUUUGCUUGUGACUCCACUGGUCUUCAUUGGCGCGAUCCCUCAACGUGCAAACCACCCGCCACGUACACGGACACUUUAAGAUUGAUAAUACAGAAGAGAAUAUCAAAACUUGGACACAUGUACCCAAUAAUGUUUUUGAAUCUUGAGAAAGAAAGCUAAAUGUUAUGCCCUAGUCUUAAUCAAAUCAUUUGUAAAUAUGUAAAUAAGACGAAGUGAAGAAAAUAAAGUGCCUAAAUUUAGAACAG